UGACUGGCCACGCAUUUUGUUCUGAAUCCCUCUGAACAGCAGCUGGUGAGGACUGAGGAACCACAGGGAUACGCUGCGGCUAUAGACAUUAGCCAGUAAGCAAAACUAGCUACAAUAAUGGCGUUCACAUUCGCGGCCUUUUGUUAUAUGCUUGCGCUUCUGCUGACUGCAGCCCUAAUUUUCUUCGCCAUUUGGCACAUAAUUGCAUUCGAUGAAUUGAAGACUGACUACAAGAAUCCCAUUGAUCAAUGUAACACACUCAAUCCGCUUGUGCUCCCGGAGUAUCUCAUCCAUGUGUUCUUCUGCGUGAUGUUCCUGUGUGCUGCGGAGUGGCUCACCCUGGGCCUCAACAUGCCCCUGCUGGCCUACCAUGUCUGGAGGUAUACGAGCCGUCCAGUGAUGAGUGGCCCAGGGCUGUAUGACCCUACAACCAUCAUGAACGCUGACAUCCUGGCCUACUGUCAAAAAGAGGGCUGGUGCAAACUGGCUUUCUACCUGCUCUCCUUCUUCUACUAUCUCUAUGGGAUGAUCUAUGUUUUGGUGAGCUCUUAAAACGGCGAGAGUCCCGUGAGUCAGCAUGUGGAAGUGGAUCCACUGUGCUUGGAGUGUCUGGAGCAGAACUGGCCUGCAGGAGCCUGUCAGCAUCAUGAGGACGAACUCUCUCAACCCCCCACACUGUGCAGAGCGCCAUCUUGGAAACAUCUGUCCCUUUUAACAAAUAUCUUGGACGCAGCCGUGUUGUUCUGAAGUUGAAAGUCACAUAAGAGGAAUAACGACCUGGACUCUUUUUUAUUUUCAUUCUUGCUGUGAUGAUUUAAUGCUUUAAAUUGAAAUAAAGUUUUUUUUUUUCUCCAUUUUUUUACCCCAUCCAUAUUUGAUUGUUUACCGAAUAGUAGGCAUUCUUAUACAGGGAACUUUAUCAGUCAAAUCCACAGCUGUUUGCUUGACUAACUAUUGAUGAUGUAGAUCUGCUUUUAAUGUGAAAUGGAUGCCCAGCGUUUAAGAACAAGUUUUGUUAUGUGUUUUAUCAACAUGACGAAGUAGAAAGUUGAAUAUAGAUUUUGUUGCCACAACACAGGUAUGAAACUCUGAUCAUAGAUAGUUUAAGAAGUAAUUACAUAAAAUGUAUCACUAUGGAAAAUGUCUGGCAGAAGGACAAUCAAAAUAGUUGUCACAAGAUACAUCCUCAAACUGUUUGAUAUGAAUCUCCAUGCUUUCUAAAGACAUGUCAUCGCCAACUCUUGUUUCAAUAAUAAAUGUCAACCCAUCAAAAAAAAA